AUGAUUUUUGAGCUCUUUAUCACGAAGUACCAGGAACUAACCGAUAUCGACCUGAUUCUUAGGACACUUUGUGGCAGUAGCCAAUUUGAUACGGCCACCCUGUCAAUCGUAACCAAGGCGUACUCGUACUACAACAAGGGUGAUAUGGAUCCACUGAUCAACGGCUAUUUGGAUCGAUUUCUGGCUCAAUUUCCGAUGAAACACGACCAGGAGGCACUGACUGAGCUCCUUGAGCAGAGAGACGAGAGAUCGAAAUCAGCUGAUCUGAUCAAUUUGCUUGGUGAAAGAUGCGACCUGAAAAAUGAGCCAUUUUACAAGGGUGCCAUUUUGAGGAAUCCAAACCUGUUUGAUUUGGCCCAGAAAUCAGUUUGCUCUGAGACCGAUUUGGCGUAUUCAGCCAUUUUCUACCUGAUUCGAGUCAACAGGCCCAUUCUGCCGCCAGCCAAACUGUUUCGGGGCAGCUGCUUCCACAUUUCAUGCAAAAUGUACGUCGAAUUCCUAAAGGCAACUUCCACCUACCACUACAGCAGAAUAUUUGGCACUGAUCAGGUUGAUCGGACCAAUGGGGCUGAUCUGGUGGCAGAGAGGGUGAUUGAGGCCGUCAGAGCUGACCAGGACAGGUACUCCACCGUACUGCUGCUAUUUCUCUACAGGGACAAUCUGAUCAAUAUUGAUCAAAAUGAUCUAUAUGAAUUUGUGGAGGGAAUUCUCCUCAAGGUCGAUGCCAUCACAAGUGUGGUAUCGAGAACUGCCCUCUUUGACCUGCUGAUGCUCCUCUCAAACAGACUGGGACGAAUCAGUCUCACCCUGAUCAGGAUCAUUAUGGAGAAUGAGGUAGCAGAAGUCUACGACCUUCUGAUCCUCUACCUGGGAAUGAAUCUGACUCAGGUGGAUUCGACUCUUCCGAUCACCAUUUUGCAGACUCAGCCAUUUUACGCUGAUCAGAGACUGAAGCUGCCUAUGGCUCUCCUGAUCUAUUCCGCCUACAAAAAUGGGCUGAUUGGACUGGAUCAGGCAAGGCAGCUCAGCGAGUACGUCAACGAGGAGGUGCUCUUCGUUCUGAUUGGCGGUGGAAUCAGUGAUCAAAGUUGCCCAGAAUUGGAGUACCUCAAAAGUGGUGAAUUUGGUAGUGAAUUGAUUGGAUGCUACCUGAAGAAGAAGUGGGCCAGGAUGGUUGUGAGGAAGAUGAAGGACGAGAACGUGAGUGGGGUAGCAGAAGUGGCAGAGAGGAAUAGAAGGAGCAUCGAAUACGAGUUCACUCUUCAUAGUGUAAUAGAAUACUACAAGUUGUAG